UGAGGAGUAACUGACAGGCUAUGUUUAUAUGCGAUACAAGCCACACAGAUAGUCGGUGUGGAUGACUGCUGCGAGGAUCAGGAGAAACAGACAUAUAUGGUCUUCACCCACCCUGACUCGCUGGGCCCCGGCUUCAUCAAAAGAAAAGAAAGAAAAGAGAAAAAAAGUGAACUAACCACAACCAUGGCACCCACCUCUUCUUCCCCUCCCAACCCCAAAAGAUAUGUUCAGCUGCGGCCCAAGGAAGGCCGACUUCUAAUCACGUUCCCUGAUGGAACCUCUGGACCCGGAGAUUUCCGACGCAAGAAACAUGCCCAGUCUCAGAAGAACCAGCGAGACCGCCUGAAGGGGGCGUUUGAGCAAAUGGCCCAGGUGCUACGGGAUGGUGGCGUCGACCACGCCGGGAAAGGGGCGACCAAGGUUAGAGCGGGCGAUGUGGCAUUGGCACAUCGAAAACACCAUCUCUUCCUUUCACACCCACGGCCCUCCCAAGCCUUCUUGUGACCCAAUCAGCUAAGCGUUACCUUUGCAACUGUUCAGGUCGAACUGCUCGAAGCUGCGGUGGAGUACAUCCAGCAGCUGCAGCGAGGCAUGCAACAGGCCCAGACCGAGCAAUAGCGCGAUCAAACGACCA